CCCCCCCCCCCUCUCUCUCUAUAGCUCGGUGUGAUCCCUCUCUCGCUCUCUCUCUCUCUCUCUCUCUCUCUCUCUCUCUCUCGAUCCCUCUGUGUUAGUACAAUGGCGAUCAUGAGCAAGGCGUUCACUCUACUGGCGAUAGUUGUGCUGUCAGCAGUCAGCUCCGCCGUGGCACAGUCCCCUUCGCCUUCUCCGGCUCACUCUCCGUCGAAGUCUCCGACUCCUGCAGCCUCACCGAAAGCAGCCACCCCGACUCCAUCUCCCGCCGUUAAGACGCCCGCGUCCGCUCCUUCACCGGCUAAGACGCCGUCCGCUCCCUCGCCUGCUCCCACCAGCAGCACCACCUCCCCUCCCUCUCCUCCUCCUUUGUCCGAUGCUCCAGUGUCUGCUCCGACCUCGAUCUCGUCCCCUCCGGCUGAGGCUCCUGCCCCCGGGAAGAACGCUGCGGUCAUGAACAAAUUUGGUCUCGCCGGAUCAUUAGCCGUCGGAGCUGUCGCCGCCGUUUUGGUCAUUUAAGAAUCUAGUGGGAAUUCCUAUGUUCUUUUUUUUUUUUUCAUUAUUUUUAUUUUUAUUUGCAGUUAUGGACAUCUAUUGAGGUCUUUUAGUCAGCGUACAGGAGCUUCAUUGCUAGCUGAUACAUAAUCAUGGAUUAUGUCGAACCAUUUAUUUAUUGAUUUUCACCUUAAACUUUUACCCAUGUUCAGUUACGUUACACCAUCUUAAAUUUUUAUCUAU